AUGGGACUCCCCACCCAGGUCUUGGCCUGUGCGAUCUUAGCUUUGCUGUACCAGCAUGUCAAUGGUGGACUCAUCAAGCGAAUUAUCCGGCAGAAGCGGGAGACGGGGCUAAACGUGACCUUGCCAGAGGAUAAUCAGCCUGUGGUUUUUAACCAUGUCUACAACAUCAAGUUGCCUGUUGGCUCCCUUUGCUCUGUGGACCUGGAUACAGCGAGCGGUGAUGCAGACCUGAAGGCGGAAAUUGAGCCCAUCAAGAAUUACGAGGAGCACACAGUGAAUGAGGGAAACCAGAUUGUCUUCACACACCGUAUUAACAUUCCCCGUCGGGCUUGUGGCUGCGCGGCUGCCCCAGACAUUAAGGAUCUGCUGAGCAGACUAGAGGAGCUGGAGGGGCUGGUAUCCUCCCUCCGGGAGCAGUGUGCCAGCGGGGCUGGAUGCUGUCCUAAUUCCCAGGCGGUAGAAGGUCGCCUGGACACAACACCCUAUUGCAGCGGACACGGCAACUACAGCGUCGAGAUCUGCGGCUGCGUUUGCGAGCCUGGCUGGAAAGGCCCCAACUGCUCUGAACCGGACUGCCCACGCAACUGCUUCAACCGCGGCCUCUGUGUCCAGGGCAAGUGCAUCUGCACCGAAGGCUUCGCCGGCGAGGACUGCAGCCAGGCCACCUGCCCGUCCGACUGUAACGACCAAGGCAAGUGCGUGGACGGGGUUUGCGUCUGCUUUGAGGGGUACACAGGCACGGACUGCAGCGAAGAGCUCUGCUCCCAGGGGUGCAGCGUGCACGGGAGGUGCGUGAGCGGGCAGUGCGUGUGCCACGAGGGCUUCACCGGCGAGGACUGCAGUGAGCCCCUCUGCCCCAACAACUGCCACAACCGUGGCCGCUGUGUGGACAAUGAGUGCGUCUGCGAUGAGGGCUACACCGGCGAGGACUGCAGCGAGCUCAUCUGCCCCAACGACUGCUUUGACCGCGGGCGCUGCGUCAACGGGACCUGCUUCUGCGAGGAGGGCUUCACCGGGGAGGACUGCGGGGAGCUGACCUGCCCCAACAACUGCAAUGGCAACGGGCGCUGCGAGAACGGGCUGUGCGUCUGCUACGAGGGCUUCGUGGGGGAUGACUGCAGCGAGAAGAGGUGCCCGCAGGACUGCCACAACCGUGGGCGCUGCGUGGGUGGGCGCUGCGUCUGCCACGAGGGGUACCUGGGGGAGGACUGUGGGGAGCUGCGGUGCCCCAACGACUGUCACAACCGCGGGCGCUGCGUCAAUGGGCGGUGCGUGUGCAACGAAGGAUUCAUUGGGGAGGACUGCGGGGAGCUGCGGUGCCCCAGUGACUGCAGGAGCCGUGGGCUCUGUGUCAACGGGCAGUGUGUGUGCUUCGAGGGAUUCAUCGGGGACGACUGUGGUGAGCUGCGGUGCCCCAAUGACUGCAACAACCAUGGACUCUGUGCCAAUGGGCAGUGUGUGUGUGACGAGGGGUACACAGGGGAGGACUGUGGGGAGCUGCGGUGCCCUGAAGACUGCCACAACCGUGGGCGCUGUGUGGAGGGGCGUUGUGAGUGUGACAAUGGCUUCACGGGGGAGGACUGUGGCGAGCUGUCCUGCCCCAAUGACUGCCACCAGCACGGGCGUUGCGUCAACGGGCGCUGCGUGUGCCAUGAGGGCUUCAUGGGGGAGGACUGCCGUGAACGGUCCUGCCCCAACGACUGCAACAAUGCGGGCCGCUGCAUCGACGGACAGUGCAUCUGUGAUGAUGGCUACAUGGGGGAGGACUGCUCCGAUGUGUCUCCUCCAACUGAACUGACUGUGACAAACGUAACAGAUAAAACCGUGAAUCUGGAAUGGAAGCAUGAGAAUCUUGUCAAUGAGUACCUCAUCACCUACGUCCCUACCAGCAGCGGUGGCUUAGAUAUGCAGUUCACCGUGCCAGGAAAUCAGACAGCCGCCACUAUUCAUGAACUGGAGCCGGGUGUAGAAUACUUUAUCCGUGUCUUUGCAAUCCUUAAAAACAAGAAGAGUAUUCCAGUCAGUGCCAGGGUAGCAACAUAUCUUCCUGCUCCAGAAGGUCUGAAAUUCAAAUCUGUUAGAGAAACGUCCGUUCAGGUGGAGUGGGAUCCCGUGAACUUUUCAUUUGAUGGCUGGGAGCUGGUCUUCCGUAACAUGAAAAAGGAUGAUAAUGGAGAUAUAACCAGCAGCUUGAAAAGGCCAGAGACAUCCUAUAUGCAGCCAGGUUUGGCACCAGGGCAGCAGUAUAACGUAUCCCUUCAUAUAGUGAAAAACAAUACCAGAGGACCCGGACUAUCCAGAGUGAUAACCACAAAGCUUGAUGCCCCUAGCCAGAUCGAGGCAAAAGAUGUCACAGACACCACAGCUCUUAUCACCUGGUCCAAACCCUUGGCUGAAAUUGAAGGCAUAGAGCUCACUUAUGGCCCCAAGGAUGUUCCAGGGGACAGGACAACCAUUGACCUCUCGGAAGAUGAAAACCAAUAUUCUAUUGGAAACCUGAGGCCGCACACAGAGUAUGAAGUGACGCUUAUCUCUCGUCGAGGGGACAUGGAAAGCGACCCCAUGAAGGAAGUCUUUGUCACAGACUUGGAUGCUCCGAGAAACUUGAAGCGGGUGUCACAGACAGACAAUAGCAUUACUUUGGAGUGGAAGAACAGCCACGCAAAUAUUGAUAACUAUCGAAUUAAGUUUGCUCCUAUCUCUGGUGGAGACCAUGCUGAGAUCACAGUGCCAAAGGGCAACCAAGCAACAACCAGAGCUACACUCACUGGUUUGAGGCCUGGAACUGAAUAUGGCAUUGGAGUGACAGCAGUGAGACAGGACAGGGAAAGCGCCCCUGCUACCAUUAAUGCUGGCACUGAUCUUGAUAACCCCAAGGACUUGGAAGUCAGCGACCCCACUGAAACCACCUUAUCCCUUCGCUGGAGAAGACCAGUGGCGAAGUUUGAUCGUUAUCGCCUCAUUUAUGUUAGCGCCUCUGGAAAGAAGAACGAAGUGGAGAUCCCCGUGGACAGCACCUCCUUUAUCCUGCGAGGGUUGGAUGCAGGGACAGAGUACACCGUUAGUCUGGUGGCGGAGAAAGGCAGACACAAAAGCAAACCCACAACUGUCAAGGGUUCAACUGAGGAGGAACCUGAGCUUGGAAAAUUAUCAGUAUCAGAGCCUGGCUGGGAUGGUUUCCAGCUCACCUGGACAGCAGCCGAUGGGGCCUAUGAGAACUUUAUCAUUCAGGUGCAGGAGUCUGACAAUCCCGAAGAAACCUGGAAUAUCACAGUCCCAGGCGGACUGCGCUUUGUGAAUGUUACAGGCCUCAAAGCCAACACACCUUAUAACAUCACCCUUCAGGGUGUGAUUCAAGGCUACAGGACCAAACCUCUUUCUGUUGAAACCAUGACAGGAGUGCACCCAGAAGUUGGUGAGCUAACCGUUUCCGACAUUACUCCUGAAAGCUUCAACCUUUCUUGGACAACCGCCAAUGGGGACUUCGACGUCUUUACUAUUGAAAUUAUUGAUUCUAACAGGUUGCUGGAGCCCAUGGAGUUCAACAUCUCAGGCAAUUCAAGAACUGCUCAUAUCUCAGGGCUUUCCCCCAGCACUGAUUUUAUUGUCUACCUCUAUGGAAUCUCUCGUGGUUUCCGCACACAGGCAAUAAGUGCUGCAGCUACAACAGAAGCAGAACCCGAGGUCGACAACCUUCUGGUUUCAGAUGCUACUCCAGAUGGAUUCCGUCUGUCCUGGACUGCAGAUGAUGGGGUUUUCGACAGUUUUGUUCUAAAAAUCAGGGAUACCAAAAGGAAAUCUGAUCCUCUGGAACUAAUAGUACCAGGCCAUGAGCGCACCCAGGAUAUGACAGGGCUGAAAGAGGGUACUGAAUAUGAAAUUGAGCUCUAUGGAGUUAGCAGUGGACGGCGUUCCCAACCCGUAAAUGCAGUAGCAACCACAGUUGUUGGAUCUCCCAAGGGAAUUUCUUUCUCUGACAUCACGGAAAACUCCGCUACAGUCAGCUGGACACCCCCUCGCGCCCGCGUGGAGAGCUACCGGAUCUCCUACGUCCCUGUCGCAGGAGGUACUCCAAAUGUGGUCACAGUCGAUGGAAGCAAGACAAGGACCAAGUUGGUGAAGUUAAUCCCAGGUGUAGACUACAAUGUUAGUAUCAUCUCUGUGAAAGGCUUUGAAGAAAGUGAACCCAUCUCUGGCACUCUGAAAACAGCUCUGGACAGCCCGUCAGGCCUAGUAGUGGUGAACAUCACAGACUCUGAAGCUCUGGCGACCUGGCAGCCAGCAAUUGCUGCUGUGGAUAAUUACAUUGUCUCCUACGCUGCCGAGGAUGAACCAGAAGUUACUCAGAUGGUAUCAGGAAACACUGUGGAGUAUGACCUGAAGGGCCUUCGACCUGCAACUGAGUAUACGCUGAGCAUCCACGCGCUGAAGGACACGCAGAGGAGCGAGACCCUCUCCACCCAGUUUACUACAGGACUGGAUGCUCCGAGAGAUUUAAGUGCCACUGAGGUUCAGUCAGAAACAGCUGUGAUAACUUGGAGGCCUCCACGUGCUCCCGUCACCGAUUAUCUCCUGAUCUACGAGUCCAUUGAUGGCAGAGUCAAGAAAGACAUCCUAAAGCCUGAGACAACUUCCUACAGCCUGACAGAGCUGAGCCCGUCUACCCAGUACACGGUGAAACUCCAGGCACUGAACGGGUCCCUAAAGAGCAAAACGAUCCAGACUAUUUUCACCACAACUGGUCUUCUCUAUCCUUACCCUAAAGACUGCUCCCAGGCUCUCCUGAAUGGGGAAACCACCUCUGGGCUCUACACCAUUUACCUGAACGGGGACAAGGCUCAGCCUCUGGAAGUCUUCUGCGACAUGGGCGAGGACGGGGGCGGAUGGAUUGUGUUCCUGAGGCGUCAAAAUGGAAAGGAAGAUUUCUACAAGAACUGGAAGACUUAUGUGGUGGGUUUUGGAGAUCCUAAGGAUGAAUUCUGGAUAGGUCUGGAGAACCUCCACAAAAUCACUUCUCAGGGCCAGUACGAGCUGCGUGUGGAUCUGCGGGACCGAGGUGAGACAGCUUAUGCUGUCUAUGACAAGUUCAGCGUUGGGGACGUGAAGAGCAGAUAUCGGCUAAAAGUGGAUGGGUACAGUGGCACAGCAGGUGAUUCCAUGACAUACCAUAACGGAAGAUCCUUCUCCACCUUUGACAAGGACAAUGAUUCUGCCAUCACCAACUGUGCUUUGUCAUACAAGGGUGCAUUCUGGUACAAGAAUUGUCACCGAGUCAAUCUGAUGGGCAGAUAUGGUGACAACAGCCACAGUCAGGGCGUUAACUGGUUCCACUGGAAGGGCCAUGAGUAUUCCAUCCAGUUUGCGGAGAUGAAGCUGAGGCCCUCCAGCUUCCGAAACCUGGAAGGAAGACGAAAGCGGGCGUAA